AUGGGGUUGAAAAAGAUGUUCAAGAAGAAGGAUCCAACCGAGGAGGAGUUGGUGAAUACAAUGCAAAAUGUUGGUAUUACAACCAAGACUGCCAACAACCGUCAAGAAAAGUUUGGUGCUUUCAAGCAAUACGCCCAGGAAAGACAAGGUGUCAAACCGGGAAUGGCACCUCGUAACCCUUACGCAAAUAUGAAUGAAAACCAAGGUAAUCCAUAUGCUAACUCCCAGUCUGGUGAGGCUAGUGCUCGCGAUUCAGCAUAUGCAUCAUCUGCCACCGGGGAGAGACGACUGAACCCCUAUGCGAGUCAAGAUGAUGGCCCUGCACCAUCAAGACCCAGUCCGUACCAAAUGCAGCGAAAUGGUGGGAAUGGUUCUUACAGCGAAAAAUCUUAUUCGUCAUCCAGCAAGCCAAACCCUUACCGGUCUAGCACUACAAGGCCGAGAGGUGAUGAUGAGCUGACUCUUGACCUCAACGCUAUUCCCAGCUCAAGUGCUUUGCCCACGGCGAAGAAGCCUAUCAGGAAAACCACAGAUACAGAUACGCUAGAUCUUAAUGCUGAUCCUGACGAAGAAGACUUGAACCUCGAGGUGGACGACUUCCUAGCAGAGGAGGAACAAGUGAACUCCGAGGAAGAAGAGGUCGAAGCUAUUAAGCAAGAUAUUCGUUUUGUGAAACAGGAAUCCGUGGCGCUGACUCGAAACACAUUGAGAAUGGCCCAAGAGGCGGACGCUUCAGGAACAAAUACUCUCGGUAUGUUAGGAUCGCAAUCCGAACGUUUGUUCAAUGCCGAACAGAAUUUGUUGCUUGCUGACACUCAAACCAAGAUCGCUGAUGAUAAAGUUGCCGAGUUAAAGCGUCUUAAUAGAUCGAUUUUCAUCCCUGCUUCCGGAAAUCCAUUCAACAAAAAGUCUCGCUUGCGUGAACAAGAGUCGAAAUUGAAGGCACAGAAAGAACAAGAGAAAUACCUUCGAGAGACGAACCGACAAGGCGUGUACGCGAGUGAGCAGCGUGUCAAACAGGGAAUUUCAAAUAACUCAACUCAGUCAGACACCUUCAACAAAUAUCAAGAUGAAAAGCAUCUACAACAAGCUCAGAGAUACCAGUUCGAGAAUGAUUCCGAGGACGAUGAGAUGGAGAAGGAGUUGGCUACGAAUUUGGAUCAAAUUUCGGCCUAUUCCAAGAAGUUAAGAAACACCGCAAGCGUCAUGGGUCAAGAAGUCGGUGCUCAAAAUGAUAGGUUGAGGAAGAUCGAGGAAGAUGCGGAUCGCUUGGAUAUCAAUGUGCACCUCAAUAGCACUCGCUUGAAUAAUAUUAGGUAA